AUGAAUUGGAAAAGAGUUAAUAUAUUUAAUUAUAAACCGCUGGCUUGUAUUCUUGUCUUGAUAUGCCAUAGUUUUUACAACCCCACCGACAGCGGUGCGGUACAAAUUACUCAAAGUAAUUUGGAUAUGGUGCUAGCCUCCAAUGAAGUAGUAUUUAUAAAUUUUUAUGCUGAAUGGUGUAAAUUCAGUAAUAUGCUUAUGCCAAUAUUUGACGAGGCUGCCGAUACAGUGACUAAAGAAGGCUAUGACACUGGGAAAGUAGUGAUGGGCAAGGUAGACUGUGAUCGAGAAGCAGCAGUAGCUACAAGGUUCCACAUAACUAAAUAUCCAACUCUUAAAAUGUUUAGAAAUGGAGUACCAGCAAAAAAAGAAUACAGAGGUCAGCGCUCAUCAGAAGCUUUCGCAGAAUUCAUUAAGAAGCAAUUGACAGAUCCAGUAAUUACAUUCUCUGCUCUGAAAGAGCUGCACAACCUCAGUGAGGAGAAGAGACAUCUCAUUGGUUAUAUGGACCGAAGGGAUCAGCCUGAGUAUGAAACAUUUAGAAGAGUAGCAGCUAACUUGAAAGAUGAAUGUCAAUUUCAUGCUGGAUUUGGUGAUGCUUCACAACAAAUGCAUCCAGCAGGCCAGCCAAUAGUAGUAUUUAGAACAGAUCGGAAGAUGUCAACAGAACCUGAUGAAACCUACCGUGGAUCUUUGUUAAGCUUCGAAGAGUUAUAUAAGUGGGCCCAAGAGAAGUGCAUACCGUUAGUUCGAGAGAUUACUUUUGAGAAUGCUGAAGAACUUACUGAAGAAGGAUUGCCAUUCCUCAUCUUGUUCCACCACCCCACCGAUACAGAAAGUGUAAAACAAUAUAAGGAAGUUAUUUUAAGGGAGUUGGAGGGUGAAAAACAAAACGUGAACUUCCUGACCGCUGAUGGCGUUCGCUUUGAGCACCCGUUGCAACAUUUGGGCAAGUCCAUCUCAGACCUGCCACUAAUCGCUAUUGAUUCGUUCCGCCAUAUGUACAUGUUCCCUGAUUACAAGGAAAUGGAGAAGCCGGGUAGACUAAAGCAAUUCCUCCUAGAUCUUUACUCUGGUAAAUUGCACAGAGAAUUCCACUAUGGACCAGAUUCGGACUCACCCGUAUUGAACCUAGAAGUGAAAGUAACCACACCACCCGAAUCCACUUUCAAAAAGUUAGCGCCUUCUAAGAACCGGUACACACUCCUCAGGGAUGAAUUAUAA